AGACCAGGGGCUGAAACAUUUUCAUCCCUCUUGCAAGCGAACACGAAUCUGCUAAAGCAAUUUUUAUUACAUGUAGUCUUUGCAAAUAACAUAGCAAUGUGCUGCGGGAAGCUGUGGUUGGCUUUUAAGAGGUUUGUUGUUCGAAUUUUGGCGAACAGAGGCGGGCUGCAGAAAAGUCAUUUACUUUAUUGCCGAAAAUGCAGAGCGUGUUGUACCUCGUGUAACAAAUGUUGCUGUAUCUGCCUGUCGCGUGUCCCUGUGGCAUCUCUGAUCGCUUCUUUUAUCCUGGCCAUUGGUUUUACUGGGUUUGCUGUGGGACUCAGCGAAGGCGUCAACAAUCUUAACAAAUGGCUUAAAAUGGAUAUUGUCGAACUGGCUUCAUUGGGAAUUAUGGCGUUUGGAAUAUUUCUGGGCUCUUUAUCAGGGAUGGCGCUGCUUCAUGGAUUUGCCGCCACGGGACGGACGAGAUUUAACUGCUGUGGCGGUUGGAAAAGACGCUUUGUAGCUCGGUGUUGUAUUGGAUUUUUAUUUGGUUGGCACUACUUCAUGUUUUUCCUGUGGAUGUUCAUAGCUCCUCUGCUAAUCAUCCCAGUCAUCUUUAUGGGAAUCUUCUUUGGUGUUUGUCAAGUAAAGGUUGUGAAGCAACUUGGGAAGACAUGUAUAAAAUUCAGUGAUUAUGGUUUGGAUGACCUUGUUAGUACAGAGGAAGUGUGCGGUGAUGACUUGCUUGUGUUCUGUGAAGCGAUGACGGGUGCCACACCUUUUUUCGCUGCUGCAUUUGUUGGAGGCCUCUUUAUAGUUGUCGGCGUGUUCCACAUGAUGUUCGUACUAACAGCAAACUACGCACACGUACAUGACCACAGAAGGAGGCCCAAAGCCUCAGAAUGCUCUACCUGUCGGACAUGCUGCACUGUGAAGGACCCGGACCGUUAUGAACAGUGCUUCCCAGAGCCCCCGGUAGAAGAGGUACAGCUAGCCUUGGAAGAGAAAUUGAAGCUGAACGCAGGGGACCCUGAAGGGGGUGCACAUCCCCACAACCACCCCCACUGGGAAUAUGUGUACGACUAUGAGAAGACUCCAGCGAUACUUGGCAAAAAGUAUUAACUGUUUUCAGGCGGCUUUGCCGUGACUUUCUAGUGCGAGAGAAGACAAGAAAGGAACUCGGUAACUUCGGCAUUUGAAACACCGCGAAUAGAUUUUGGACAAGAUGCGUAUAGUAAGGGCAGCUUCACGCAUCGACAUCAUCUUUA